UAGAUUAAAAAAAGGAGCAGGCUCGUGCUUGUUUACUUUACAAUUACAAGUAAAAAAAAAACUGCGUGUUGAGCGUGUACAUAAUUUUGGCGCGACGUUAAUCACAUGUUACUUUUGAGAAAUUUUAUCUAAAAAAAAAAAUAAAUAAACAAAAGCUAUUUAUUAGUUGAUAAAGUAAAAAGUAAGUGUUAAUGUUAAUAAAUUUGAAAUAAAAAUAAAUAAUGUCACAAAAAAACUCAAAACUGAGCCCGAUACCGGCGACGAAGUUUUACGGCGCAUGCAGCCAGGUGAGGAAAAAAAUCCAGGAUAUCGAGGAACGCAACAAGAGUUAUCAUUUGAUGACUUUUGGAACACAAGAACGUAUGCCGCAAAGUUUGUUGGGACCGACGCAAGACUGGGCUGAAUUUUACCGCCAAGCAGAAGCUCUUCAGUUAGCGGAUGCUAAAUCAACAAGUAUUAAUAUUCUUCUGACAUUUGUUUAUGAGCAACCAAAUGGCCGUCGUAAAUUUAUUGUUGCACAUCCUGAAGUUUAUUGGUGGUAUUUCAACCGCACACUGCCUGAAAGGAGAUGUAGUUAUGAGGUGAUCCCAGAAGGAAGUCCCUGCUGCCUGUACCUGGACUUGGAAUUCCAAACAGACCUGAACCCAGAGCACAACGGGCCCCGAAUGACUCAGACCCUGAUCGACAUCUUGAUCGCGUUCUUCCAUAAGCACUGGGAGCUGUCAGUGACCAAGAAGAACGUCUUGAACCUGGACUCGACCACCAAAGUAAAAUUCAGCCGGCACUUGAUAUUCCGGCUGAAAGACGUGGCCUUCCACGACAACAUAAACGCAGGUCGUUUCAUGAAGUCGAUUUGCGCUGAAAUAGAGGACUACAUAAACACCGACGGAGUUCCGUUCCACGACGUGCUGAGCUACUUCAAGCGCGAGGAAUUGGAAGAACUGUUCAUAGAAACGGGAAAGCGGCGAAAAUUGUUCAUCGACACCUCGGUCUACUCGCGCAACCGACACUUUCGCAUCUACAAGGCUACUAAAUGGGGAAAAAUGUCUCAUUUGGUGAGAGCCAAGGACUGCAAAUUCAAGCCGAUCACCGAAAAUCGCGACAAAGAGCUUGAAAUAUUUUUAGAGAGUCUGGUUAGUUAUUUCCCGGACAAGGAUAAUCUUCAGCUGCUCGAGCUCAGUGAUGAUAUUGUUGCUGAUUUAACCAAGUAUGACAGCACGCAGUUUAGAAGUUUCACACAAGCUUCUCGGGAGCAGUACCAAUCCUCGCCUUAUCCGGCGAUUGAUAAAUUUAUUAUGGGCAUUGUUAAGCCAGGAACAAUUAGAGUUUCUAAGUAUUUUGAUGAUAGGAAGAUCAUCACGUAUGAAAUAAUUGGCAACAGGUACUGCGCCAAUGUCGGAAGACAGCAUAAGAGCAAUAACGUUUACUGGAUCGCGGAUUUAAAAAGUAAAAUCGCGUAUCAAAAAUGUCACGAUCAAGAAGACUGCGCGGAUUUUCGGUCUAAGCCGAUAAUGUUUCCCGAUGAACUAACGUUUAUUAUUGACGAGGAAGACGAUGACAUUUUCUUUAGUGUUGAUGUAAGUUGCUUUGAUGAUUCUAAUUCCUCCGAUCAUAAUCAAAGUUUGUGAUACGUUUAUUAUUCAUUUGUAUUAAGAUAAACUGUUGAGAAUUUAAUAUCUUUUGAUACUACGGGUUCAUAUCAAGUAUUUUUAUUAUACUUGGAAUUGUUUAAUGUUAUUGUUAGAUAACCGAGUCGGUUUGUAAUUUAUAUGAAAUUUUAUAGAAAUUUCAAUGGAUUUAAAUAUUUGUAAUUAUUUAUACACUUUUUU